UCCCCAUUUCGUGAUGGUUGACGAAAGCACCAGAAAAACUUUAAGCAGUAUUCCCUUGCUGAAGACAAAAGCGGGGCCCCGAGACAAGGAACUGUGGGUCCAACGCUUGAAGGAAGAGUACCAGUCGUUGAUCAAAUACGUUCAAAAUAAUAAAGAUGCUGACAACGAUUGGUUCCGCUUGGAAUCGAAUAAAGAAGGGACCAGAUGGUUUGGCAAAUGCUGGUUCAUCCACGACUUGCUCAAAUAUGAAUUCGAUGUUGAAUUUGACAUUCCAGUCAUGUACCCCUCGACAGCCCCCGAAAUAGCCCUCCCGGAGCUGGACGGUAAAACGGCGAAGAUGUACAGAGGGGGCAAGAUCUGUCUCAGCGAUCACUUCAAGCCUUUGUGGGCGCGAAACGUCCCCAAGUUUGGGAUCGCGCACGCCAUGGCGCUCGGGUUGGGGCCGUGGCUAGCCGUGGAAAUCCCCGACUUGAUCGCCAAAGGCGUGGUCACGCACAAGGAGAAAACUGGCUAAUUUUAAUUAAACAAAUUUUUUAUUUACUAUUUGUUCAAUAAAAUAAUUAAAAAAUU